AGCUUUUUUUGCCAGGGGCAGCUCUGCUCUCUCUCUCUGUGAAAUCAGUUCUUUUCCGGCUCUCGACUUUUGCGGUUCAAUUAGGCGUUGAUGUAUGACAUCAUGGAUCAGUGGAUGAUAGUGCUAGCUUUGUUUAUAGUACUUAUACUUUUGCUCUACAAAUGGUCGGUGGCUAAGUAUGAUGUAUUCAGUGAAAGGGGCGUGGCACAUGAAAAGCCCUGGCCUUUGAUUGGUAAUAUACCCAUCAAGGCUAUGUUGGGUCGUAUUCCCGUACUAAAACAUAUGAUUGAACUGAAUUUAAAGUACUCGGGAUCCCCAGUCUAUGGCAUUUAUGCCCUGAGAGAUCCCAUGUUCUUCGUCCGCGACCCUGAGCUCAUCAAGCUAAUAGGUAUCAAGGAAUUCGAUCAUUUUGUCAAUCAUAAUAGCAUGCACAACAAUAUGCAAGAGUCGAUACUCUCGAAGAGUUUGAUUUCCCUGCGAGAUGGCCGUUGGCGUGAGAUGCGGAAUAUUCUGACACCCGCAUUUACGGGCAGCAAAAUGCGUAUAAUGUACGAGCUGAUCCAGUCCUGCAGCACGGAGGGUGUCAUCCACAUCGGAGAGCUUUUGCAGCAGCAGCUGUCGGAGGAGAACACCAUUGACCUGGAAAUGAAGGAUUACUUUACGAGAUUUGCCAACGAUGUGAUUGCCACGGUGGCCUUCGGUCUCAGCAUCAACUCGUUCAGGCGCAAAGAUAACGAGUUCUUUCGGAUCGGGCAGUCCCUGUCCAAGAUUAGCGCCUGGUCGGUGGUCAAGGCCAUGCUCUACGCCCUCUUUCCACGACUAAUGAAGCUCCUUCGCAUCCAGGUGAUGGACAUGAAAAACAUUGACUACUUCAGCAGUUUGGUCAAUGUAACCAUGAGGUAUCGCCAAGAGCACAAGGUUAUAAGACCAGAUAUGAUCCAUCUACUGAUGGAGGCCAAGCAGCAGAGGCUCAACGAUCUGAAGGAUCAGUCCAAGGAUGCUCAUUACUAUUCAGAAUUCACCAAUGAUGAUUUGUUGGCCCAGUGCCUGCUGUUCUUCUUUGCCGGCUUUGAGAUCAUCUCCUCAUCCCUGUGUUUCCUUACCCAUGAGCUCUGCCUGAACCCCGAAGUGCAGGACAAUUUAUAUAAGGAGAUUCUAUCCGUGCACCAAGAACUAAAUGGAAAACCUUUGACCUAUGAUAAGCUAACCAAGAUGAAGUACUUGGACAUGGUGGUACUAGAGGGCCUGCGGAAGUGGCCACCAGCUAUCUCUACAGAUCGGGAAUGCAGCAAGGAUAUAGAUUUAUACGAUGAAAAUGGCCAAAAGUUGUUUUCAGCCCGAAAAGGUGAUGUCCUGCAGAUACCCAUCUUCUCCCUACACCAUGAUCCCGACAACUAUGAAGAUCCUGAGACCUUUAAUCCAGAACGUUUUGCUGACGAUCAUAAGGACGAGUCCCGUGUCUUUCUGCCCUUCGGAGUGGGACCGCGCAAUUGCAUUGGCAAUCGACUGGCCUUGAUGGAAAUCAAGUCAAUAGUUUACCAACUAGUUUUAAACUUCAAACUAAAGCCAGCUGAGAAGACAAGCCGCAAUUUGCUAGAUGAUAUCAGGGGACAUGGCCUUAAGCCCAAGAAUGGCUUUUGGCUGAAGUUUGAGUCACGUCAAUAAAGUCAUUGCUGCAUCUUAGCCUUAACAAA